AUAAAAAAUAACUUUUCUGGAAAUCUUCUAAUGACAGCACUGAAAACUAUAGAAUACGUGACAUGAACUAUAGAUAGACAGUACUACGGUAUUUUGAAACGUAUUGGUCAUGCGAUUAUCAAUUUUUCUCAUGCAAAUGUCAUUGGAUAGAACGUAACAAUUAAAAAUGCGAAUUUAAUGCACACUAUACUAAUCAAAAUGAUUAUGAAACGGAGAAAAAACAAAUAUAACAUCUGAUCUCUUGUUUCUGCUGGAUGAUUCAUACUCGCCAUGUUAAAUGAAUCUACAUUGACUUAUUUCGUGAUAUCAAUUUUAUACGUUCUCUUAUUAUGAAUGAGUGUAAAAGAUAAGACAGAUGGGUCCUUUUGUUUUCUCGGUCUCAUAUAAUUUUUAGUGAGCUGUAUUAUUCUUGUAAAAGAACAGGCGCAACUAAAUACAAAGAAGAUUAUAAACGUACAAUGAUAUUUCAGUCAUUGAAAAUAUGGCGGAAUGCACAGUUGAAACUAAUGAUAAAUUGUUGGAGUUGGAAAAUAAACAGAAGAUGAUCGACAGAGCUCCGUUUCGAGGUUUGAAAAUUAAAGAUGCCAAGAUAUUGGACACAAUCGACGGUAGAACAAAAUGCAAACUUUGUUGCAAAUCGCGGAAAUUCUUCUGUUACACCUGUUGCUUACCUGUCAUCGAAGACUCAUAUUUUCCACGAGUGAAGCUGCCAAUUAAAAUCGAUAUCAUUAAACAUGUUCGUGAGAUAGAUGGCAAAAGUACAGCUAUCCAUGCCGCGAUACUUGCUCCAGAUGAUGUAAAAAUUUAUACAUAUCCAGAUUUUCCAGAAAUACCAAAUAAAGAAGAAACUGUUUUAAUUUUUCCCAGCAAUGAUGCCAAGGCUAUAAGUGUUGAAGCUUUCUUUAAAAAGGAACAAGAAAAAUGUGAUGCUUCAGCAAUGAGGCCCAAGACUAUAUUUCCUAUAAAAAGGGCUAUUUUCAUUGAUAGCACAUGGCAGCAAACCAAAGCGAUAUAUAAAGACCAAAGAUUGAGAGAAUUACAGUGCAUCACAUUAAGAUCGAGAUUUUCUCAAUUUUGGCGUCAUCAGAAAAAGAGCCCCAGAUGGUUUCUAGCAACAAUUGAAGCGAUUCAUCAAUUUCUAGUGGAAUUACAUACAUGUGCUCUUGGGGCAGUAGAAGAAUAUGCUGAUUUAGAUGGUUCUUUGAAUGGAGGACAGAAUUUUGUAAAUAACAGUGAAGAAAUGGAAGAUUGUUCUGAAAUAAUGCAGAAAUACAAUGGACAGUAUGAUAAUCUCUUAUAUUUCUUUAAGUACAUGUACGACAAGAUUCAUUCCAUAUAUGAUCAUGAUAAAUUACAGGCUUACAAAAGACCACUUGCAUGACUAUUCUCGAACAUAAAUAAAUUCUUUUGUAUUUGAUCAAAUAA